GUGUAGUUUUCCAGCGGAACAUUCAUUGUGAACACAAACACAUUUGAGCACAUUUUUUUCUCUCCGAUGUUGGAUUUGUUUUUCGAAAAAAGUAAGAUAACAUAAUUCUGAUAGUUUGCACGGAAUAUAUCUUUCGACGUGGGCAUAAACUACGAUUUCACUUUAUUUUCUGACUUACCGUAAAUUUACACCGUUGCUUUGUAUUCACUUGGCUUGAUACGUUAACUGUUACAUGCCUUUUAAAUCGCACUAGUGCUAGCCAUUUUAUGUUUUAUCAUUUGUUCGGAUUUCAAACACCUUAAGUCGACUGAACAUCGCAAAGAUCGGUGUAGUGUAACGUUACGUUUUGUACCAUGGCUGUUGCGCCAACGGUGGAUUUCAGGGUUCAAGUUGAUCAGUCAUGCAGAUACUCGGAGGAAUUCAUCAACAUCUAUUAUGACUGUAUGGAUAAGAAAAGAAGGACUCUGACGAGGCUGUAUCUGGACAAAGCAACACUGGUGUGGAAUGGCAAUGCUGUCACUGGACAAGAUGCUCUCGCCGAGUUCUUCGAGUCUCUUCCCUCCAGCGAGUUUACAGUGCACACCCUCGACUGCCAGCCUGUGCAUGAACAAGCAACUCAGGGCCAAACUACUUUGUUAGUGGUUACAGCUGGUUCAGUGAAGUUUGAAGGAAACAAACAGAGAUACUUCAACCAGAAUUUCUUAUUAACGGCCCAAGCCUCUCCAAACAGUGACCAGCCAGUAUGGAAGAUUGCAAGUGAUUGUUUUCGCUUUCAAGACUGGGCAAAUUGAAUUGUUGUCUCAAUUUUUUUGUAUAGCUCUUGUUUUUUUCUCUUUUUUUUUGUAAAUUUGUUGUAAUUGAAGUAUGUACUGUAAAUAAAAAGACAGUUGACGUGUUUCUAAAAUGGAAUACCACACAAUGAGUAGAAAACAAUUUUACUUGUCCCCAGUGAAUAUUACAUACAGUGACAAAUAAUAAAUAAGCAUCAUAAAACAUUCUACAAGCAAAUUUACAAUUUCUCAAUGCAAAUACUUGACUGCUGUAUAGUUUUGCUUAUGGUGGUGAUAGGAACCAUGAAGGCCGUGGAGGAAAGAUCAUUUCAGAAGGGUAGUAGUAACUGCUGGACUUUUUUUUGAUUAAUGGCUAUUAAUUUAACAAUGGCUAAAACUCCCUGACAAAAAGAACAGUGCAAAUGACAAAAUGAUUAUAAUUAAAAUACACCUCCUUGAAUAAAACAAGCAAAGAUGUGACCGAUUACAAUACCAGUACAAAUCAUA